ACAACCAUCACUUCAGAAAUUGUAUUUGGAAUUAUAAAAAAUUUCAUUGAGUUUUGUUUUGUAAAUAUAGGUCUUUUGUGCUUAUACUUUGUCCUCAAUAAUUGUUGCUUCAGCAACUUCUAGCUAGAUAUUGUGGUACGUUAUUUGGAAUACACUCCCAAUGCAAAUGCAAGGAAUGAGCUGUCUGUUGCCUCUGACUUUUGCUGAUUAUGUGCUCCCUCAAGGGUACGAUUUGUGCUUGUGUAAUUUGAAGAGUUGAUUUAAGACUAUCUUGUAACUGAAGAUGAUGGAAUUUACUUUGGCCGAUUAUCAGGUGAACUGUGAUUGUUUGCCACUGUACUUGGUGAUAUUAUUAUUAUUUUUAAAUUUCUUAAGUAAUAAAAGAUUUCAUCAGGUGGAAAAUCACAAAAACACAAAAUUGGAGGGAUGAGCUCCCUUCAUGCCAUAAAGCAUAGCUAGUUGUAUGGCCGUAUUUUUAAUUUAACUUCUGUUUUCUCAUUUCUUUCUUUGUGUGAUUUACUCUUCUGGAUGUAAAGGUUGUGAGUUUUCCUUUUUCUUAUCUUAAACCUAGAUGAGACUCUAACAGAAUCUGUAAUGGUGCUAGCUGUUGCGGAUGUGUUAAGUGAUGCAGCCUCUGUAUUAGGUGGUGAUGCAACCUUGAAAAUUCUUUACAUGAAGCUUGUAGAGGCUCUAGCUCACAGUAGAAAUGAAUGUAUUGAAUGGCGACCAGCUGAGGCUGCCUUAUUUUGCAUCCGAGCUAUAUCACAUUAUGUUUCAUCUGUUGAAGUAGAAGUAAUGCCCCAGGUGAUGGAUUUGCUACCAAAACUUCCUCAACAACCCCAACAACUUCAGACUGUCUGCUUAAUCAUAGGAGCAUAUUCAAAGUGGCUUGAUGCUGCACCAAGUGGUUUCUCUAAGUUGCCAUUAGUGAUAGAUAUUCUCAUGAGUGGCAUGCGUUUAUCUGAGGACUCUGCAGCAGCUGCUGCUUUGGCAUUUAGGCAUAUCUGUGAAGAUUGUUGCAAGAAGCUUUGUCCACAUUGCAAAGAUCUCUUUCAGAUAUACUAUACAGCAGUUAGUGGGGAGGGUAGUUUUAAGGGCUCUGCUGAGGACUCAUUGCACUUAGUUGAAGCUUUGAGCAUGGUUAUUACAGAACUUCCACCAGAACCUGCUAAGGAUGCCUUGGAGGAACUAUGUUCAUCAGUUGUUACUCCUUUACAGGAAAUUAUUAAUCAAGGCCCAGAAGGGUUGGAGAAGAAACAUGCUCGGGAAUUAUCAGUCUACAUUGAUCGAUUUGCAUAUAUCUUUAGGUAUGUAAAUCACCCUGGAGCAGUGGCAGAUGUAGUUCAUAGGCUUUGGCCAAUAUUCAAAGCUAUAUUUGAUGUUCGUGCUUGGGACAUGCGGACAAUGGAGUCUCUUUGCCGAGCUUGCAAAUAUGCUGUGAGAACUUCAGGAAGGUUCAUGGGAAUCACAAUUGGAGCAAUGCUAGAAGAAAUUCAAGGCCUGUAUCAACAGCAUCACCAACCAUGCUUCCUUUAUCUCUCUAGUGAAGUUAUAAAGAUAUUUGGUUCUGACCCUUCUUGUGCGAGCUACCUAAAAAAUAUGAUUGAAGCACUAUUCCAGCAUACCAUAUGUGUUCUCACUAAUAUAAAAGAAUUCACUGCAAGGCCUGACAUAGCAGAUGAUUGUUUCUUGUUAGCAUCAAGGUGUAUUCGCUAUUGUCCUGAGUUAUUUAUUCCUUCUGCUGUAUUUCCAUCUUUGGUGGAUUGCUCAAUGAUUGGGAUCACGGUACAGCAUAGAGAGGCUUCGAAUUCCAUAUUGACCUUCUUAUCCGAUGUCUUUGAUCUUGCAAAAUCUUGUAAGGUAGAACAGUUGUUAUCAAUAAGGGAUAGUGUGAUUAUUCCUCGAGGUGCUACCAUUAGCAGAAUUUUGGUUGCAUCAUUAACAGGAGCACUCCCAAGUUCUCGAUUAGAAACGGUAAUGUAUGCACUUCUGGCAUUGACUCGAGCUUAUGGAAUGCAAGCAGUGGAGUGGGCAAAGGGGAGUGUUUCAUUGAUCCCUUCAACUGCUGUCAAGGACGUUGACCGUUCAAGAUUUUUACAAGCAUUAUCAGAUGCUGCUUCUGGGACCGACAUUAACACCAUAAUGGGCCCAGUUGAAGAGUUGUCUGAUGUCUGUCGCCGCAAUCGGACGGUUCAAGAGAUUGUCCAAGGAGCACUGAAGCCACAUGAGUUGAAUUAGGCACUUGUAUCAUGGUUGAAACCCAAAAGCAAUAGUUGAGGGGCCAUUUUUGCAUAGGCCGCUGUCUUGUCUCUUGUAGUAUUAUCAUACAUUCAUUCAUCUUUAUGUAUCAUUUAAUUUUUUGCCUUUUUUAGUUGAGUAUUUGCAUUCAUAUUGGGGAGAGAAUGAUGGACCUUUUGCAUCAAAUAUUGGAGUGCCUGAUUACAUGUUGGCUUCAAUUUUGGGGUGAAAUUAUUGAUAUAGAGUUUGAGUUUAUUGUUGUUAUUAGGAAGAGGUUUUGAGUUUUGCAUGUGAUGUGAAAAUAUUCGCUCUAUUUUUAGGUGAGUGAUGUAUUCGUGGCUUUUAAAAUAUUGAUUUUUUUAAAUAAUUAUUUUUUUAUUUU